AUGGACAACAGCGUUGGCCACCUACAAAAAGAAAAUAUCGGCACAGAAAAUGAGAUACAAAUAACAGCGGAUAAGAGAAAUUUUUCAACAGUAUUUCCACUUAGUGUCGGCAGCGACGAUGUCGCCGUGGAUAAACGUGAAUUUGGAAGUUUUGAAGAACGACCACAGGCAGUAGAAAGAGAAGCUAGGUCGAACACCAAUAAGGGGAAUAUUAGUAUUGCUGUUGCUAAAGGUGACACAAGCUAUUCUAAUACUGCAGAAGAGGCAGAAGGUAACAGCAAAAGUAGUGUACCUAAAGCAAAAGGAAAGCAGGAAACAGACAAUGAUUCUGCUGCCACCAUCACAACGACGAACACCACAAAAACCUACAACUUCCUAAAUUUUUCAUCGUCAUAUAAACCGACUCCAAACAUGACUAUUAACGCCGAAACUCGUAGCCACCAAAGUUCACAACCAGCUUCGCCAAACUCACCGAACACACCAUAUCCUUAUUCCGAAGACCCUGAAAUAGACUUAAAGCAUGUGUCUGAUAUUGCUGAAGAGGGAAUGACAACUUCAAGACUUGCUGAAAUGGACCCUUCAGUGCAAAGAUUACCAACUCAGGACACAAGGUCGUCAAGUAGAAGUACCUCGGCACAAAUUCCUACACCAAAACAGAUAAUACGGAUAGAAAGAGACUAUUCUAGAGGAGAAUUAUGCCAGUUUUAUGCUGCUUUUCCUCUUGAAAUAGAUGGGAGGGUUAGUCCUCGUGUCUUUCAACAGACCAUAACAACAUUAAAUGAAUUACUGGAGAAAGCUCAUAGUCCCAAAUAUAAUUGGGUGGAUAAUUUCCUCGCUUGUUUAACUUUAUACAUGUCGACUCUGUGUAAAAGACCACAUUAUGAUCGAAUGGUGGAGGAAAUAUGUAAAUUUCUGGAUAAUGAAAAUAAAACAACGUAUAACCAUCAAGGGCUCAAUUUUCGAAAUCCACAGAAAACAGCAUUUUUAUUUGUAUCCUUUUUGUGA